AUGGCCCUAUCUGUAAUCUCCAAAAUUACUAUUUUAAAUAAACUAUUUUCUGAAAUAAUUCUUAUCUUAAUAAGCUACACUUCAAUUACUCUACUAUUUUUAAAUCAUCCAUUAUCAAUAGGGAUAGCUUUACUUCUUCAAGCCCUAUUAACUGCAAUCAUAUCAGGCCUAAUUUAUAAAAAUUUCUGAUUUAGGUACAUUCUAUUUUUAAUCAUGAUUGGAGGAAUCAUAAUCAUGUUUAUCUACAUAACAAGAAUUGCCUCAAACGAAAAAUUCAAAAUACCCUCAUCUGCAAAAAAAAUAAUUUUAACCAUAACAAUUAUAUUACUACUGUUCUCAAAAAACAAAACAGAAAAUUUUUCAAGAAAAGAUUUAGAAAUAAGAACAACCUUAAGAAAAUUUUUCAAUUUUCCAAAAAUACAAAUAGCAAUUCUACUAAUAAUAUACCUAUUUGUAGCCCUCAUCGCCGUAGUAAAAAUCUCUAACAAAACAAUAGGCCCAUUACGACAAAACUAA